AUGUCCUCCACGGCUGGAGAGGACAUCACUGUGGGCACUGGACAUAUCAGCUGUGAUCUACAUUCAUCAACUGUCGUCUUUUCGAAGCUCUCGUCGUCAUACCCGCUUAAGCUCUUAUCACCUAGAGUUGCAGAACAUGGGGUUGCUAUAGUAUACGUGAUGAGCUAUGGCGGUGGUCUGGUUGGCGGGGACUGCAUGCAACUUAUCGUCGAAGUAGGAAAAGAAUGCAAGCUCUUACUACUCUCACAGGGAUCUACCAAAGUUUUCAAAACGCGCGCUGGCAACAGAGCAUCCACGCGUUUUCGAAGAUCUUCUUCCCAACCAACUCCAAGCAGUCCGAGUCUACAAGCAGUCACGACUCAAUCCAUGGAAGUCACCAUAGCUCCUGACAGCGCGCUCUUCCUCCUCCCCGACCCUGUCACGUGCUUCCGCUCUGCAUCUUAUACCCAAGUGCAAACAUUCCAUCUUGCUGGGAGCGCGUCGAUUGUGUUGCUAGACUGGAUUACCUCAGGGCGCAGGUCUAUGGGGGAGGACUGGGAUUUCCUCCGGUAUUACAGCGUUAACGAAGUUUUCAUAGAAGGCCGACGCGUCGCACGGGACGUUUUACUGCUAGAUAACUCGUCCCUUGAUACCCAAACUGCGUCUGAGUCCUGCUCGUCAAAUCAUACUAGCCGCGCACCACUUCGGAUGCUCAAAGAUAGGCUUGCGCCCUAUUCAUGCUAUGCCAUGCUACUUCUUUAUGGGCCCCGGACACAUGAUGUCGUGACUGACUUGCAGGCAAAGUACCGCACUAUUUCUAUUUUCAAGCGUGCCGCCCCGGAGAGGUUCCUUUGGUCCCUGACUCCUGUAGAUGAUGGCAAAGGCGCGGUUGUAAGAGCUGCUGGGGUUGAUACGGAGGACGUGAAGAAUUGGUUCAGGGAGGCACUUAGGGGACUGGAAGUCGUUGUUGGGAUUGAUGAAUAUCGUAAAGUGUUCCUUUGA